CUUGAAGUUUGUCAAAGUUAACUACUUUUUCCGAGACCAUUUCCAUAUCCUGAAGGAGGCAACGAACCAUGGUGUCCCGCCUCUGUCAGCAGCUUUGGCCAGGAUAUUCUUACACGGCUGAUUCACAUAAUGAACAAAGUGGAGCUGAUAAUGACUCGUUACACUAUUGACAGCUCAUCCCCUGGGAGGAAGGGCUCCCUCACAGAAAACCAGAAAAAGAAGAGAAAGGUUUUCUUAGAGAAGAUAACUGAAUACAUUAAUACGAUUGAUUUGAGAGAAAGGAUUCUCAUCAAGCUGCUGUCCUGGAUGGAAGAAUGGAAUUUCCUUCUGUCCGACGUGGCCGAGAUUGAUAUUGACGAUUACUACCACUGGGCUGCAGAAAUGGAGAUCAUGCCGGAAACGCUGAAAGCCAUCGACACCAAUGUCAGCACUCUGUGUCAAAUCACCGUGUCGCUUUUCGAAGAAAAAAAGAGACAAAAGAAAAAAUUAUUGACUCGUGGCACUCUCUGGAAAGCUUGGAAGGAACGCGUUGUAAAGCGACCCGCCACGGCCCACGCUUUAAGACCGGAUCAGAUGAUCUGUGACCAGCUUGCAGUAAAUACUAAAGUUUCAGAAAUUCAAGACAUGUUACAGGAACUCAUCAGCACAGGCAUGUUCAGCAAACUGGAAAACAACGCCAUCAAAUACAUCUCAGCAACACUGCUGAAUCUCUCCAAAGCCUUGAGAACAGUCAACGAGGAGCUGAAGCUCAUAAGCUCCCAAUUUAGGAACAUGGUUGGGGAUGAAGAAGAGGAAGGGGAAGAAGAAAAAAAAGAAAAAGAAAUCCCACAGAAGGCCUUCCAACAUCUCUGUGAAGAAAAUGAAAAGCUUCAUCAGAGACUUAAAGAGAGUGAGGAAAAGAGCGAGCAACUUAUUCGAAUCAAAAAUUUUCUAGGACGUCAACUAUUGUUCCCAUCUGUAUCCUUUAGAACGUUGUUGGCGAAAAUACCCAUAGGCAAAGAUAUGGAGCCAGGGGAGACUGACAUUCUUUUAAACAAAGAGCUCGAAAAUAUUAUGGAUGAGUCCCAGAAGAAAGGGGUCGGAGUCCCCGCAAUAAAGUGGGACUCCACAAUGUCACACAUAGCCCAAGGCGAAGCGGCUCCAGAAGCAGCUAAGUUGCUAGUUGAAGAUCAGGUUGAUCAUGCCCAGAGAAAGCUGUACCUUCCCUCCCUACAGUCAGUCGAGACCUUGGCUGCAAAUCUAGAGGAGGAAAAGGUAGUCUCAGAGUCGGAGACUAGUGAAUUCUCUGAUCUACAAGCACUGGACGUGAAGCGAAAAGGCGAGAAAUCCUUUUUAGAAGGCAAACCGAAGGGCCAAGGAGUCCAGAGUGGAACAGGUAACAUGUGGGAACGGCUCAAGAAGGUCAAAUCACAAAACUCACUUGGAAAAAGCCCAGUGCCAUCAGAGGCUAAAAUAGAACCCACUGUUAGGCCAAAGGAAAAAGAAGCCAAGACUGAAGUAGAACUGCCCAAGAUAAUCCAGCCGGAGAUCCCAGAGCCGCCCAAAACAGAAACCAAAGGGAAAAAGCCCGUGCCAGGGAAGACUGAAGACAUGCCAGGCUCCACAAAAGCACACAGUAAAUUACAGCCCAGGACCCCUAAACAGAUGACAGUAAGCCCCGAAGGCAGGAGUAAUCUAGAAUCAUUUCAGAGAGCCAUAUUGGCUUUCCUAAGAGAGAAAAUGAAUAACGUGGGGAAGGCUUUUGAUCCAAAGAUUAUACAGGAGGAGGAGGACGCCUUAGGAAGAGUGGAAGUUGAAAAAUUAAACACCAUAAAGUUAAAAAUGGAGGAAUACAUCCAAAAAGUGACCGAAACUGUAACUAAAACUGUGAGGACAUACAAAGAGGCAAGAAAGAAACAAUUUCGAGAAAUGGUCAUCAAACAAAAGUUAGCCCUCACUACACCACAGCUGCAUCCUAAGCAGACAUUCAUGAGUUCCAAGGCUGAAAUCAGAAAUGUGCUCUUAAGUGAGAUGACAGACCCCGUGAUUAGGAAACUCGUUCAAACACUCUUGGAUGAGCUAGAAGGAGAAUGGGAGGGCACAACAGUGGGCAGAAGGAUGGAGGAAAGGCAAGAGCCACAGAAGCAGGAAGAGGAGGCCUGGAAAGAAGAGCAAAGACUUCAAAGGGAGAGCGAGCAAAAGCAGAGAGGAAGGGAGAGAGCGGAACAGCUGGGAGAGUGGAGACAAACAUCAGAAGGGUCAGAGGCGAGCCAGGCUCAGGAGACCGACAAGGAGAAGCCGAAGGCUGUGAGAGAGGCAGAAGAUGGCCAGCGGCUGAAAGGCAGCAAGUUGAAACAGCUAGUGAAGGCUGAGGGCCAGGCUAAAGAGCUGUCAAAGAUGUUUACCCAGAGUGCAGUGGUGCUAACAUCCAGGUCUAUGAAAGUCCUGAAACCCCCGACGAGUCAAGUGCCAUUAUUCCAAGUGGAUCCUGACACGGUGGAGCCCCUUGAGGAGAAGCAGCCCUCCUCUUCCAGGGCCACCCUUGGCUUUGCACAGCUCCUCCCAAGGUCUGUCCCUGAGUUGGCCCAGAUAGCUUCGAUUUCAAUGCCACAGGCUCCGAGUGGUCCUCCUAGCCAUGGACACAUGAGAAAAGCACAGAGCGCUCCUCCCACAGCAGAAGAGGAACGAGAACUAGGGUCUCAGCUGACAGUUCCUGGCAUCCUGGAGCAGACAUCCACUCCAGAGCAAAUGCAAAUCCCCCAAACAACUGCUGAACAAGUACAGAUAUCUGGGGUCACAGUUACCCAAAGAACAGUUCUGCCCCUCCAGCAGAUCCAAGCAAAAGACAUUACUCUCACAUCUCAGGAGGUCCUGGGUCAGGGGAUCACUCUCACUCCUGAGCAGGCCCAGGCCCUGGGCAUCACUCUUACCCCUGAGCAAGCCAAGGCCCACAGGAUUAGCCUGACCCCUCUACAGGCCCAGACCCUAGGGAUUACCCUCACUCCUGAGCAGACCAAGGCCCAGAGGAUCAGCCUGACCCCUCAACAGGCCCAGACCCUAGGGAUCACCCUCACCCCUUGGCAGGCCCAGGGCCUGGGGCUCACUCUCACUCCUGAGCAGACAAAGGCACAGAGGGUCAGUCUGACCCCUCAACAGGCCCAAGUCCUGGGGGUCUCUCUCACCCCCCAGCAGGUCCAAGCACAAAGGAUUAAUCUCACCCCUGAACAGGCCCAGGCUCUGGGGGUCAGUUUGACCCCUGAGCAGGCCCAGGCCCUGGGGAUAACACUCACCCCUGAGCAGGCCCAGGCCCUAGGGAUAAUCUGUCUUACCCCUCAGGCGGCCAAAGCUAUGGGAAUCACUCUUACACCUGAGCAAGCGAACAGACUGACGAUCAGUCUGACCCCUCAGCAGGUCCAGGCCCUGGGGAUUACUCUCACCCUUGAGCAGGUCAGGGCCCAGAGGGUCAGUCUAACUCCUGAGCAGGCCCAGGCUCUAGGAAUCACUCUCACCCCUAAGCAGGCCAAGGCCCUGGGGAUGAUCUGUCUUACCCCUCAGCAGACCCUAGCUAUGGGCAUCACUCUUACACCUGAGCAAGCCAACACACUGACGAUCAGUCUGACCCCUCAGCAGGUCCAGGCCCUGGGGAUUACUCUCACCCUUGAGCAGGCCAGGGUCCAGAGGAUCAGUAUAACUCCUGAGCAGGCCCAGGCCCUAGGGAUCACUCUCACCCCUGAGCAGGCCCAGGUCCUGGGGCUCACACUUACCCCUCAACAGGCCCAGAUAAACAAGAUCUGUCUUACCCCUCAGCAGACCCAAGCUAUGGGAAUCACUCUUACACCUGAGCAAGCCAACACACUGACGAUCAGUCUGACCCCUCAGCAGGUCCAGGCCCUGGGGAUUACUCUCACCCUUGAGCAGGCCAGGGCCCAGAGGAUCAGUAUAACUCCUGAGCAGGCCCAGACCCUAGGGAUUACUCUCUCCCCUGAGCAGGCCCAGGCCCUGGGGAUAAUUAGCCUCAGUCCCGAGGAUGCCCAGGUCCUGGGGCUCACACUUACCCCUCAACAGGCCCAGAUAAACAAGAUCUGUCUUACCCCCCAGCAGACCCAAGCUAUGGGAAUCACUCUUACACCUGAGCAAGCCAACACACUGACGAUCAGUCUGACCCCUCAGCAGGUCCAGGCCCUGGGGAUUACUCUCACCCUUGAGCAGGCCAGGGCCCAGAGGAUCAGUAUAACUCCUGAGCAGGCCCAGACCCUAGGGAUUACUCUCUCCCCUGAGCAGGCUCAGGCCCUGGGGAUAGCUGAAGCCUUGGGAGACACUUUUACUCCUGAGCCAGGCAAAGAACAAAGGGUCAGCCUGACCCCUGAGCAGGUCGAGGCUCUGAGAAUUACUCCUAUUCCCAAACAAAGUUCACAACAGGAGAUUAGCCUCAGUCCCGAGGAUGCCCAGGUCCUGGGGCUCACACUUACCCCUCAACAGGCCCAGAUAAACAAGAUCUGUCUUACCCCCCAGCAGACCCAAGCUAUGGGAAUCACUCUUACACCUGAGCAAGCGAACAGACUGACGAUCAGUCUGACCCCUCAGCAGGUCCAGGCCCUGGGGAUUACUCUCACCCUUGAGCAGGCCAGGGUCCAGAGGAUCAGUAUAACUCCUGAGCAGGCCCAGACCCUAGGAAUCACUCUUUCUCCUGAGCAGGCCCAGGCCCUGGGGAUAGCUGAAGCCUUGGGAGACACUUUUAAGGAGCAAAGGGUCAGCCUGACCCCUGAGCAGGUCGAGGCUCUGAGAAUUACUCCCACUCCCAAACAAAGUCUACCACAGGAGAUUAGCCUCAGUCCCGAGGAUGCCCAGGUCCUGGGGCUCACACUUACCCCUCAACAGGCCCAGAUAAACAAGAUCUGUCUUACCCCUCAGCAGGCCCAAGCUAUGGGAAUCACUCUUACACCUGAGCAAGCCAACACACUGACGAUCAGUCUGACCCCUCAGCAGGUCCAGGCCCUGGGGAUUACUCUCACCCUUGAGCAGGCCAGGGUCCAGAGGAUCAGUAUAACUCCUGAGCAGGCCCAGGCCCUAGGAAUCACUCUCUCCCCUGAGCAGGUCCAGGUCCUGGGGCUCAAACUUACCCCUCAACAGGCCCAGAUAAACAAGAUCUGUCUUACCCCUCAGCAGGCCCAAGCUAUGGGCAUCACUCUUACACCUGAGCAAGCCAACACACUGACGAUCAGUCUGACCCCUCAGCAGGUCCAGGCCCUGGGGAUUACUCUCACCCUUGAGCAGGCCAGGGCCCAGAGGAUCAGUAUAACUCCUGAGCAGGCCCAGGCCCUAGGGAUCACUCUCACCCCUGAGCAGGCCCAGGCUCUGAGGAUUGCUCCCACCCUCCAACAGGCUGAAGCCUUGGAAGUUACUCUGACCCCUGAGCAGGUCCAGGCUCUGAAGAUUAGUCCCACUCCUGAGCAGACUCACACCUUGGGGAUCUCUCUCAGUUCUCAGCAGGCCCGGGACCUGGGAAUCACUCUAACCCCUAGGCAAGCCAAGGUACAGAAGAUAUGUCUGACCCCUGAGCAAGCCCAGGCCCUGGGAGUCACUUUCACUCCUGAGCAGGCCAAAGAACGGAGAAGCAGUCUGACCCCUCAGCAGGCCCGGGCCCUAGGGCUCACUCUCUCCCCUGUACAGGCCAGGGCCCAGAGAAUCAUUCUGACCCCUGAGCAGGCUGACGCCCUGGGGAUCACUCUCUCUCCUGAGCAGGCUGAAGCCCUGGGGAUCAGUUUCACUCCUUCAAGAUUACAGAAAAAGGGCACUCUUCCUCCAAAGAAAUUCCAGGGUUUGGAGGCUACAUUAACUCAUAAACAGGCAGCAACAUUGAGGGGCCGUCCUACUACAGAGCAGAUUCAACCCCUAAAAAUUCCUAUUAUCCCAGCGUCUAUCCAGACACCAAAACCAGCUGUGGCUUCUAAACAGACCCAGACAAUUGAAAUCCCACUAAGCACUCAAUGGUCCCAGCAAUUUGGAGUUCCACUUCCACAGAGGCAGGGCAAGGUAUUGGGAACCAACCUCACACCAGGGCAGACCCAGGUAUUUGAGCAAGUACAGGCAUUGCAACUUCCCCGUACACCCUGGCAGACCCCGUUGCCAGGCCAGCUUGGUCCAGGAGAGACACAAACACUAAUGUUCACUAUCACACUUGACAGAGCCCAGGAUUUGGGUGUCAUUUUUACCCAGGAGCAAACUCAGGCAGCGGCUGUCACCCUUACCUCUGAGCAGGUGGCAGCAUUAGAAGAUGCGCUCACUGAAGAACUGGCCUGGAAAUGGGGGGGUUUAAUCAUGCCAGAAAAGGUUCAAAGGGCAGCAAACGUCAUUACUCCUGAGCAAUUACAAGCACCAAGAAUCGCUAGAUAUCAGCCAGCAUUUCGUAUUCCUCUUACCUCAGAAAAGCCUGCUGCAUUGGUUUCUUCUCCCGACAGACUACUUCAACAAUUGCAGGAUUUUCCUCUAGCUAUUCCACUUCAGAAAUUAAGGCAAACCCCACUUCCUCCUAGGAUAGGCCUAGGACUGAACAUUCUUCCUGACUCUGAGAAGCUUGAAGAACCACACCUCUCUCCUACUUACAAACAGAUUCGCACAGACAGAGGGCAAGUCACCCCCACACAGCUCCUAACACCAGAAGUCCCUCCUACCCGAAGGCAGCUCCCAAAACCUGAGACUCCUUCCACUCCAGAGCUGCCCUUUGCUCCUUGGCAUUUCUUCAAAACUGGAGACAUUCAGCCACCUCUAAUACCAGGAAUCCCCUUCCCCUCCAAAAGGUUGACACCACCUCCCACAGCUGGGGUCCUCCCCACCUCUGGAGAGUUUCCUGGAGGCUUUGAUGUCUCCAAAAACCUCCUACUAUCCAGACUCUUCCCCUACCAGCCUCCAGCCAUCCACGAACAAGUUCCCUUCAUGCAAGGACAGCAAAGGCCGCCGCUGAUCAUUGCGGAGCAAGAAGAGUCCUCUCUAAGAAUAACUCCAGUCCCACUGCAUCCAUCCACAGCAGAGGAGCUCUCAAUCCCUGGAGAGCCUCAGAGAAUUUCUCCCUCUUCAGUCCCUCAGAAAUGGUCAGGAGCUGUUUCCCCUCCAAAACCUGAACCGGCCAGAGCUCAUCCCAGUGCCUCUCUGGCACCUUUCCCUACAGAGAAGAUCCGAAUAGCAAAGGUUCCUGACACUUUGGAAGAAACUGGGGUACUCCAAGAUUCUUUCGACAUGAAACCACUUGGAAUGUUCCAGCCUUAUGUCACCAGUUCUGGGAUACCAGGAUCGAAGCUCCCGCACAUUGGUGAGAAAGCCCCUUCGGGUCUAGAGAAGCCUACUGCAACACUAGCGUCUCUUAGCCCUCAACUCUCCCAGACAUCACAGGCCGUACCUUCCGCAAGGGGCCAGAGACCACGGCUCCCCGCUAUAGAUAAGCCCUGGAUUCUAACCCCAGCUUCUGACACCAGGAAAGCCAAGGCCAUGGGGUCCCCUCUCACUGCCCAGCUCCCUGAAGACAGAUACUUCGUUGAUGUGGAGGCUCAAAGGAAGAACCUGGUUAUAUUAAAUGAGGCUGCACAAACUUCUGGAUUUCCUUCACAGUACCACACAAUUGCCAGGAAUCUCAUAAUUGAACUGCUUCAUAUGAAUACAGUUAGGCUGGGGUAUCUGUGCCGCAAGUAUGUUGCCUAUAGGCUGAUCCAGCUGGCCAGAAACAACAUAAUCAGACGAUUAAAAGCCAUCCAAAAUACUGGGAAAGGGUAUGAGACUCAGAACCUGUACAUCAUGCUGGACAGAACUGAUAAAUACCAGAAGAGGGUGAUGCGGUUCUGGACAGACAAGCAGAAGCAGCUAGAGCAGAGGCGGAAGCAGUGCCUAUGUUUCAUGACGCAGUUAUUCAGCCAGAUCGAAAAGGUAUUUAAACUAAAUCUUAGCCAGCCUGUGCCCUUGGUCUCUGGCUUUAAGCAGAUACCCGAUUUUACCAAAAUUCAACGUCCAGUCUUGGAGUUAUUCAUUGAAGACAACAAAAAACCGGACAUUUUCAAAACCUUUGGGUAUGUACAGACUCAGAUGGAGUCCAUCUGGAAUGCUGACCUGUCCACUUCAAGCUACCCGAUAAUGGAGAAGACAUCUUUGAAUACGCUCUGGGCACAGCUGGGAGGGUACCCGGAUAUUCCCAGGCUGCUGCAGUUAGAUAUUCAGUGGACCUUCAGAAAAGCUCUUGCUUCCCUUGGGUCACAGUGAGUAAAGGUUUGGCUCCUCUGCUGUCUUUCUAACUUGACUUUCUCUGUAGCACCAA